AUGUCCACACAGCCAGACCAAGCUCUUGUCCAAGCCUACUCGCAGCUUACCACAGGUGACUAUGUGGCUGUGGCUGCCGCAUGCAAGUACAUUCUUCACUACCCAUUACGUUGUUCACAUAGUAUUUGUCCCUCAGGUCUCCCUAUCUACGAGCUUCUGAUUACCUUCGACAACGAGAUUAAGAUUGUGUGGAAGAGACCGGUCACUGCAUCCGCCGUGCUUCUGGGCUCUGUACGAUGGUGCAUGCUGCUCACGGCUGUCCUGCAACUUGAGCCAUCAACUCAGAAUUUUCCUGUGGCCGGAAAACAACAGAUUGCUUACCUGAACUCGACACACAGCUGCCCACCGCUCGAAAUCAUGACUUGGAUAUUUACUCUCCUUGGAUUCCUUCAGAUCGCAUUCACGUACGUCACACGUGGUUCACUCGUCCUCGCCGAUGCUAUCGUGCUGGUCUUGACGUGGAUCAAGACAUUCGGGCACUGGAAGAAUGCCCGCCGCCUCAAUAUGAGGGUGUCGCUGACAACAUGCCUGUUGCGUGACGGAACUAUCUAUUUCAUUGAACAUAGCACAGCUAGUGACCUACGGCUCUUCUACGACACGGCACCUGUAUCGGCAUUUAUUGUGGCACUGCCUCCGGUGCUCAUCAGCCGCUUCAUGAUCAACUUACGAACGGUAGAUUCGGAGCUGUCAGACUAUUCUGUGCACAUGAGCUAUCGACAGCAAGAACAGCCAACGCUGCAGAUCAGAAGGUCGUUGAACCGAUUGGGUAAUAUUGGUGGAAUUCUGCAGAGUGGCUGGGGCGACGAACUCUGCGACGAAGAGAAUGGCUCUGCAGAAGCCGACGAGGAAGGACAUUGUGAGACCAGUGCUGAAGCAUAA